AUGGGACAGGAUAAUGGGCUUACAUUAAGCAUCGAAGAUGAUAGAAACACAAAUGAAGAAUGGUUUGGUUCGAUCUUGAAAGCUAAGUUACCACCUUCUUGCACAACUCAAAUCAACAAAGUUCCUAUCAUUCUAAAAGAGCACAAGGAUGAUGAAAAGUAUUACGUGCCCAAAGUUGUCUCUCUUGGUCCAUAUCACCAUGGGAGAUCAACCCUCGAGUCUGUUCAAGACUUCAAGCCACUCUUCACAAACAAGCUUGUGAAAGGGAACCAUGAGUCACUCAGCAGUUUGUAUAACAAGCUUGCUGAAAUGGUUCAGACGUUGAAAGGGUAUUACAACAAUGAAGUUGAUCGCUUCUCUGAUGAUGAGUUCACAAGGAUGAUGUUGCUCGAUGGUUGUUUCAUUUUGUAUUUCAUCGAAUAUAUUUUCUUGAAUAAUGAAGUAGAUUCAGUAGGGUUGAAAAGCCACCAGAUUAUGUUCGUCCAACAAGAUAUGUUCUUGCUAGAGAAUCAAAUUCCUUAUCCAGUUCUAACUGAGGUGAUGAAGUUUGUGCCAGAUGAGAUGUGGGAUUCCAAGAUAAAAAGGUUCGUUGAUGACAAUAUCUUGGCAACAGAAAGACGAAGAAGAGGAUCUUGGAAAACUUCUCAUAAACCAGUCGCAAAUCAUCCAAUUCCAUCUAGUAUAAAUCAUCUUCUCGAGCUUUUGCAAACCAGGCUUACGAAAGAGAAAUCUUUAGGCCCAAGAGCAAAUGAUAGGUAUACUUUUCGUAAUGUUAAUGAGCUUAUAGAAGUAGGGAUUCGUUUUAAGCCGAGUAAAAUCAGAUCUCUAGCACAUAUCGAUUUCUUUAAACAUGGGUUUUGUGCAAACUUAGAACUCCCUCCGAUCACUGUGGAUGAUGCCACAAAGCCGAUGUUGUUAAACUUGAUAGCUUACGAGAUGUGCUCCAGUGAUACAAAUGCUUCAUGGGUCACCUCAUACAUAUGCCUUUUGGAUUCUUUGAUCGAUCAUUAUGAGGAUGUUAAAGUUCUUCGUAAAGCUGGGAUUAUUGACAACAGGCUUGGGAGCGACAAACAAGUAGCACUACUGUUCAACGAGUUAGGGACGGAUCUUGUGCCCAAUAGUUUUGCGUAUUCGGAUGCGAGGUUUGCAAUUCAGAAGCAUUAUGAGAGUAAGAGGAACACAUGGGCUAGCCAACUGAAGCAUGAGUAUAUCAAGAGUCCUUGGGCAUUUGUAGCACUAUUAGUUGGAGUUGUGGGUCUCUUUCUUAGUGGCGUUCAAGCUUACUUUAGUGUUUGGAGUACGCCAAGUGUUUGUGAAGGACUUUGUCAGGCUUUGAAGACGAAUCAUCACUUAUGA